AGAAACUAAUUCUGAAUUGAAAACUCAAGAUGGAUUUGAAACUGAAAAAUAUCUUGCCAAUGUUUGUGUCCUUGUUGUUAGUAUCCACAUCUAAUGCCCAAUCUGGUGUCUAUGAUGUAACAAGUGCAAAUUAUGGUGGAAAAGCAAACUCUGAUAUAACCCAGGCUUUGAGCAAAGCUUGGACAGAUGCAUGUGCAUCGACAUCGGCAAGUAAAAUUGUUGUUCCAAGUGGGACAUACAAGUUUGUAGGGGCAACUUUCAAAGGACCAUGCAAAGCCCCUAUUGAGUUUCAGCUUCAAGGCACAUUGCAGGCUCCCGAAGAUGGCAGCCAACUCCCAAAAGCAGAUACUUGGAUAGGUUUUGAGCGCAUUGAUGGGCUCACCUUAUCCGGUGGUGGAACUUUCGAUGGCCUAGGAGCAACUGCGUGGAAGCAAAAUGACUGCAACAAAAACAAAAAGUGCAAAUCUAUUGCUAUCAAUCUGAGGUUCAAUUUUGUCACCAAUUCCAUAAUUCGAGACAUAACAACAAAGGACAGCAAAAAUUUCCACGUAAAUCUUUUGGGUUGCAACAAUGUGGCAUUCCAACAUUUUACCGUCUCAGCGCCUAAAGAGAGCAUCAAUACCGAUGGAAUUCAUAUCGGACGUUCAACUGGGAUCAACAUCACAGAUACGACCAUUGGAACUGGGGAUGAUUGCAUCUCUAUAGGUGAUGGCACCAAGCAACUCCAUGUAACCAACGUUACUUGUGGACCAGGCCACGGCAUAAGCAUUGGGAGCCUCGGAAAGUAUGAGAAUGAAGAACCUGUGUCCGGAAUAUUUAUCAAGAACUGCACAAUUUCAAAUACAGAUAAUGGUGUGAGGAUCAAAACAUGGCCUGCUUCCCCUGCAAAUGGCGUUGUCUCAGAUGUUCACUUUGAGGAUAUUAUCAUGGAUAAUGUUAAAAACCCUGUCAUCAUAGACCAAGAGUAUUGCCCACAUAAUCAGUGCACACUUCAGGUUCCAUCCAAAGUUAAGAUCAGCAAUGUCAGCUUCAAGAACAUAAAGGGUUCAUCUUCAACCCCAGUUGGUAUCAAGCUUGUAUGCAGUGGAGGGCUGCCAUGUGAGAAUGUGGAACUGAGUAACAUUGAUCUCACAUACACUGGAAAAGAAGGCUCUAUUACGUCUGAAUGUAAACAUAUCAAGCCCACCAUUGACAACGUGGCGCAGCCUCUUGCUUGUGCUACAUCUUCUUGAAACUAAACCAAUUACUCGUUGUGAAUAAGUUACCCAUGAGACUUUCUCAAAUGGCAUGAGAUGAGUGUGGGUUGACGGUUGAAAUUUUUGUUCAAACCUAUCUUAUAGAAAAAAUGACAAAAGAAAUAUUGUGUUCAUUACUCUAGUGCUCCUUAGCUAGUACUGAAUUUUUACAAGGGAUUUGAAUCUAAAAUAUUUCAUUUACAA